CAGAGGAGCUGGGAGCCUGAGAGCCCGGCGUGUCCCGUCUGAAACAGGCUGCAGUAGCGUUAGGAGACGGGUAGAGGGGGGAUCCGAGAGGAACACCAGCAGCCAUGGAUACCCGGAGCCCCAGACUGACGCACGGAAGGCUGAUAUUCUCAGACAGCCUCAGCUCCUGGGCAGACUCUGGAGCUGCACUUCCCAGUGAGCUCCCGCUUGUCCUUUCGCCAUGCUCCCUGGAUAUGGAUUCUCCCCAUUUCCAGACUUUCAGCCUCACCUACACGCCUUUCUCUGCCGUGGAAACAGCCCUGACAUGUGGAUCCCGGGCUCACCCGAGUCCCAGGCCCUAACGGAGGCCCGCAAGGACAGGCCGUACCUCCGGCCCCGCCACCACGUGGCCGUGUGCAAAGAGGAGUCGCUGGCUUUCUUCGACGACCUGCCUCACCCUGGCCUCGAUGACCUGAGCUUCUCCUCACCGGACCGGCGACCUUUGACCCCUCCACCGCUGUCCAGGCAGGCAGGCUGGGUGGACCACAGGGCUGCCAGGGAAGAGGACAGAGACGGGACUCUGGGCGUCGGCCGUGGGCUGCGAGGUGUCGUUAGCGAGGACGCACGAGACGGUGAGGAAUCUGGAAGCACCCCUUCCGUAUCUGUCUUCCUCCCUCCCGUGCCCCUCCUCUCCCUCUCGCUCUCCCCCCGUCUGUCCAGCGAUAGGGAGUCCUUCCACUCCCAGAGGUCCCGCUCGUCCACCUCCUCCCUGGGAUCGGAGGCGCAGAGCACGGAUAUGUGUCCUCCUCAGAGGAGAUCUUCACAGGGCUCCCUCAAGGAGAAGACCAUCCGCCGCAAGAUGAGGGUGUACUCCCCUGAGAGUCUGAGUGACGAGUCCCUCAGCAGCCCCAGUGCGGACAGCGAGUUCCUCUUCCCAGGGCCCUCUGAAACCUUUUCUGAGGAAGAGGAGGAUGAGGAAGAAGAGGAGGUGGAGGUGGAGGACUUGGUCUUCCCUGAACUGUACACUUUGCCCUGCACUCCUCCUCCACUGGGGGGUAUCAGAGAGGCUCAGGCAGAACCUCACCCAAAUGUGCCUGUGUUGACUGGUGGGGUCGCUGGGGACAGAAAGGGGGGAGAGGGCGCCGGACCGUCGGAGAACUCGACGGCCUCGGCCUCCCAGCCUCGGACCGUGGACCAGGAGCGCCGGCGCUUCUCUGCCUCAGAGCUCAUCUCGCGGCUGCAGCUGUCGCAGAGGAAGAGCUCCUUCACCCUGAAGCUAGGCAAGUCGCUGUCCGCCCGCGCGGCGUCGCGGGAACGACAGGCACCAAGCAGCCUGAGCCCCGAGCCGAAGCCCAGCCCCAGACACCGCCGGUCAGUGGGGUACGCUGACGGGGCACCUCAGACCCCUGUGGGAACGUGGCCAUUGCCGCCCUCUGUUGACAGCAAUGUGUUAUUACAUCGACGGUGCUCCAGACAAAGUAUCAGAAAGGACUCCAUAGAGGAGGAUGUGUGUGAUACUGCCAGUUUCACCUGCAGCAGUCGCUUGUCCCGGUUCCUCCCCAACUCGAUGCUGUACCAGGAGUACAGUGACGUGGCCAUCCACAGGGAGAUCCUGCGGCAGCAGGGGGCGGAGCCCAACGCAGAGGAGGCGGGGCACGGGGAGACCACGCCCCCCGGCAACCUGUCUCCGUCCAGCUCCUUCCGCUCGUCGCAGGGCUCCGUCUUCUCCCUGUGGCAGGACAUCCCCGACGUGCGCACCAGCGGCCAGCUGCACUCCUUCAGCGAUGAGGAGCGCAAACUGCAGGAAGCCAAAUUCGAGCUGGUGACGUCAGAGGCAUCGUACGUGCGGAGCCUGGCCAUCGUGCUGGAGCACUUCCUGUUGUCCCAGGAACUGAACGACUGCCUGGGGGCCCAGGAGAGGCAGUGGCUCUUCUCCAAGCUGCCCGACGUCAAGGACGUCAGUGAGCGUUUCCUACAGGACCUAGAGCACCGUUUGGAGGAGGAUAUUCUUCGCUUUGAUGUAUGUGACAUUGUGUUGGCGCACUGCUCUGCCCUUAGCAAGGUGUACCUGCCCUAUGUGACGAACCAGGCCUACCAGGAGCAGACCUACCAGCGCUUACUGCAGGAGAACCCCCGUUUCCGUGGGAUACUGGCGCGGUUGGAGGAGGACCCCAUCUGUCAGCGCCUCCCACUCGCCUCCUUCCUUAUCCUUCCCUUCCAGAGGAUCACACGCCUCAAGAUGCUGGUGGAGAACAUCCUGAAGAGGACGGCACCGGGCUCUCGAGAUGAAGACACGGCCACCAAGGCUUUUAAUGAGCUGAAAAAGCUCAUAAAGGAAUGUAACUCCAGUGUUCAGUCAAUGAAGAGGAUGGAGGAACUCAUUCAUCUCAAUAAGAAAAUCCACUUUGAGGGCAAGAUUUUCCCUCUUAUAUCUCAAUCUCGGUGGCUGGUGAAACACGGAGAACUACUGGAGGUCGACACUCAGACCAUGAGUAUUUCUGGGUCAAAGUUUAAGCUGCCCACCCGACCAGUAUACUUGCACCUGUUCAACGACUGCCUUCUUCUGUCACGUAGAAAGGACGUGUGGAGGUUUGUGGUGUUUGUGCACGCCAAGAUGGGCGAGCUGAAGGUGAAGGACCUGAGCCAGAAGCUCCAGGGCUUUUCGGGGUUCAUCUUCCACCUGCAGCUGUGUGAGGGGGUCCAGCUCAAGCACCAGAUCCUGCUGAAGGCCCACACAGAGAGCGAGAAGCAGAGGUGGAUCACCGCCAUGUUUCCCUCGGAGAAGGACAGCAGUAAGCGGAUCAGUGUGAACCAGGAUAUCCCCCAGGUGUUGUGCAUUAGGAGUUACCAGGCCCUGGAGCAUGAUGAGCUGACACUGGAGAAGGCCGAUAUUCUCCAAGUCAAGACCGUCACAAGCGACGGCUGGGUGGAGGGUGUGCGGCUGUCCGACGGGGAGCAGGGCUGGUUUCCCAAAUCCUACGUGGAGGAGAUCGCGAGCGGCAGCGCCCGCCUGCGCAACCUGCGGGAGAACGACCGCAUCAAGAGCGCCACGCGGAAGCUUGAGGAGGACUGCCUGUAGGGGGCGCUGUCUUGCGUGAGCGCGCAUAUGCUGGGAGAGUGCCCGUGGCGCAUGAACACAAACCAAACCUGUGCCUCGUACCCAGCGUUUACAAGCCACGCUCCUGCCCAGGGACCUGUCUGUCUGUGGUGGAGCCCUGGACAUAGCGCACUGGUGAACAGGCUGACCUCCAGCACUGGUGAUGAUGGGUGACAGACCAGCUCCCUGAUGCCACCAUUGAACUUUUUACAGUCAGAUAAGCUUGUUUCCUUUUGAGUCCAGUGCCGUCUGGCAAGUCUGGCGGGGGCUAGAUGGACCAGUCCACUGUUGGGCAACUGGGCCAUUUGUGGCCACUCUACACACUCCAACCCACCCCCACCCCCACCUCCAAUGGCAAUCACUUUUCCCACCCCAGUCUGUGAGUGGGCCAAUCAAGGCCAGAACUGAAUUCUGCUCCCAGUUCCUGACCAAUGAGGUGAGCCUCUGUGGGGAAAUUAAUUUGCGUGGGGUUCGUCUGCAACAAAGUUCCUCACUUUCAUUCAGCGCAUUAAUAUUCCUGACUUGUCCUGAGAGCACAUUCAAUAUUUUGUUUAUCUAAAUAUUACAUUUUGGUAGACUUGAGUACAUUAAUUUAAUUUUCUUUAAUUUUUUAUUUUUCUAUUUGGUGUACUAGUUUGCAUUCUCCUUAAUAUCCUUCCUUGAUGGAGGCUGCAAUCAUGGUUUGUGGGGAAUAAAUAAUUUCAGGAAUGAUAGUCUUUGAUUAAUCUCCCCGUUAUUUAUUAAUGCUACUGUAUGUAUGGAUAAAUGAAAGCCAUGGCAAUACAUUCAACUAAAAACGUGUCUGUUGGAAAGCACUACAAAGAGAUUAUUAAUAUGACCAGUGUGUUUUAUACUGUUGUACACAAGUGUGUGUUGACCGAUGCUCAACAGAUAUGCCAUAAUAUAAUUUUAAAUAAAUACAGAUGAUGUUAUUCGAUA